AGAUAACAAAAAAAAAAAACGGAGGAAACCGGCAAUAACCGGUUGAUUGUGCACGGCAGAAUCCCGCUCGUGUCCACUCCAUAUAUACCCCAAAACCAUAUCCUCUGUUUCUUCACUCCCAUCUCUCGACUCCCAACCUCAACUCUCUCUAUCUCAUAGUCAGCCAGCAACUUCCCCUUCAAUUUUCAACUCCCCGUAGCAUCAGAGAUUCAGAGUAUGACGAAAGAAGUAGUCGGAGAAGGAGGUUCCUUCACGGCGAAGGACUACCACGACCCACCGCCGGCCCCGCUGAUCGACGCUGCGGAGCUGGGCCAGUGGUCCUUCUACAGAGCCUUGAUCGCCGAGUUCAUCGCCACACUCCUCUUCCUCUACAUCACCGUCCUCACCGUCAUCGGCUAUAAGUCCCAGUCCGACCCUCUCCAUAGCAAGGGCGACCCCUGCGCCGGCGUCGGCAUCCUCGGCAUCGCCUGGGCCUUCGGCGGCAUGAUCUUCGUCCUCGUCUACUGCACCGCCGGCAUCUCCGGUGGCCACAUUAACCCGGCGGUGACAUUCGGGCUGUUUCUGGCGAGGAAGGUGUCGCUGAUACGGGCGGUGAUGUACAUGGUGGCGCAAUGCUUGGGGGCAAUUUGCGGCGUGGGGUUGGUGAAGGCGUUUCAGAAGUCUUACUACACAAGGUACGGCGGCGGGGCAAAUUCUCUUAACGAUGGCUACAGCGCCGGCACCGGAUUGGGCGCGGAGAUCAUCGGAACUUUCGUGCUGGUUUACACCGUCUUCUCCGCCACCGACCCCAAGAGGAACGCUCGCGACUCCCAUAUCCCUGUAUUGGCACCACUUCCCAUUGGAUUUGCUGUCUUCAUGGUUCAUUUGGCUACAAUUCCGAUCACCGGCACCGGAAUCAACCCGGCGAGGAGCUUCGGAGCUGCUGUCAUCUUCAACCAAGAGAAGCCCUGGGAUGACCAUGUAAGCGUACACACAACCAUGAAUUCUAUAAACGAGACAAUUAAAACGAGUCAAUUCGAAUUACCUGCUCCAACCCAGGUAAUUGAAAUUGACUCAAAACGGAUUAAUUCAAAAUACCUCAGUCAGAUUGAUCCAUCCAAAAAAAUUUUGCUAGCAAACGAGGCAAUUUAGUACAAUUGUCUCAAAACGAGACAAUUGUGUCAAAUUGAUCCGUUACAAUUCCUCGUCCAAACUACCCUCUGUUUUUCCGGAGUAAUAUGAAGUACUGACACAGUAACAUGUAAUUGUUGUUGUCCUAAAUUGUGCUGUACAAUUUUCGAUUGCAGUGGAUCUUCUGGGUUGGACCCUUCAUCGGAGCUGCGCUGGCGGCCUUCUUCCACCAGUUCAUCUUGAGAGCCGGAGCUGUCAAGGCUCUUGGGUCGUUCAGGAGCAGCGCCAGUGCUGUGUAGAGUGCCAUUUUGCUUGUGUGCUUGAGAGUUGCAGUGGAUCUUCUAAUUAUUUGCUGUAGAAUUCUGUGGGCUGUAGCUUUCUUGCAUGUAUUCGAUCUUAAUUAUUUCUUCUUCUUCGAUCUUCUUCCAUUGCUGGAUUUCUGUGCCUUGUUAUCUGCUCUUCCUAUCAAGAUAGUGAAGUCAUGUGUAGUUCAAACUUCAAAUAUGGAAUCAUUGUGAACAAAGCAUGCUCCUCCGCCCACAAGCUGGUACCAAUUCCCUUUCUUCUGCAGCGUGACUGCUUCAGUUUCAAGUUUCAACUGCGACGCUAAAAUUUGGGUC